AUGUCCAGCGCGCUGGUCGUCCGGCCGCUGGUCGUGCGCUUCACGGACGCGCAUACGGACGAUGCGCACUUAGACCUGAUAUACGAGCAGCGCUACGGCGACGCAAAAGAGUGGCCCAACCUCCACGAAGAGACCGUCGCCGAGCUCAAAGACGUGCUGCGUGCGGGGCACCCCGAUCGCGCAGAGCGGCGCCUGCGCCUCAUUCACUUUGGGCGCAUCCUCCCGAACGGGGUGCACCUCGCAUCCUACCUGGACUCGAUUGUGCAGAUGCAAGAGGCAGACACGUCCGAGGCCGUCUUGGAACAUGUGACCGUGCACGUCGAACCCCGCAUCGAUGGGUCCUACGUCCUGCGGCGGCCGAACGAGGCGGCAGAGACCAUGAGCAGCAAACAGUGGGGCAAGCAGCGCGCAGAAGUGUGUGGAGACGAGCAGUCGCUGCCGCCGUCCGGCUUUGCGUCGCUCGAUGUACUGCGCCUUCCGGCGGCGUACUUGCAAUGCUCGAUCGGCGCGCAGGGCGCCGAGGAGCCGGAGGAGGAGCAGACCGAGCUCCCGCGCACCGAUCCCGAGCCGCGGGGCUUUGACCGCCUGCGGCACACGGCCGGCAUGUCGGCGAUGGAUAUCCAGAUCAUGCGAGAGCAUUUCCACCAGCGCUCGGGCCUCUCGAUGGCGCGCAGCGGCGACUUGGUGCGCCGCCAGGAAGAGGACGAGCUUGCGUACACGCUCGAGGAGCAGUGGAUCGACAAUAUGGGCGAGACGCCCGAGGCGCUCGUCAACGCAAAUGCGUCGUCGACCCGCCUCUCGGUCCUCCAGGGACUGCUCAUCGGCUUCUUCUUUCCGCUGCUGCCCCUCUUUUUUGCGUACGGCCAUGGCGCGGUGCGCUGGCCACGUCCGCCGCAGCAGGCGCAGCAGGACGAGGAGAUGGAGCGCCUCUUUGGCCUCGCCAACGUCCUCUCGGAGCUGCGGAAUCGCCCGACGGACACGCAAGGGCCGCCCACGGCGCAGGACGCCGCGCUGCGCAACGAGGCGCAGCAGUCAGCCAAUGCACUCCUCUCGCUGAUUGCACGCCGGAGCCGCGCGCCGGCAGCGCGCGACGCCGACGACGACGACGACGACGACGAGGAAGAGCUGCCGUCCGAAGGCGGCACCGAGGCGCCGCCCGUGCCGCGGCGAGGCCCCUCGGCGACGUACGGCCGCUACGUCAUCUUCUCGCCUUAUACCCACAUCGCGAUCCUGAUUGGGUUCGUGAUCAAUAUCGCCCUCGGCCUCUUCCGUAUGCUCUGGUGA